AUGUCGGAUAAAAAGAGAAUCCUCCUUAUUGGCAGCGGCGGCGUCGGCACAAUGGCCGCGUUCAGCCUCGAAGCUAGCGGCCUCGCAAGUGUGACUGCAGUCUUGCGCUCCAACUACGAAGCAGUGUCUAAGAAUGGAUUCAAUAUUGAAUCUGUCGACUACGGCACUCACAAAGGCUGGAAACCGACAGAAGUAAUCAACAGUGUCCCCAAUGUGUUUGAUGAAGGCGUUGAACCCUUUGACUACAUCGUCGUGACUACGAAGAACUGUCCCGACAUAAAGCCCACAGUCUCAGAAAUUAUUGCGCCAGCUGUGACGGCGGGUCACACAGCCAUUGUCCUUAUUCAAAACGGACUCAAUAUCGAGAAGCCAUUGAUCAAGAGCUUCCCAAGAAACAUUAUCAUAUCCGGCGUGUCUCUCGGUGGCACCGAGGAAAAUGGGCAUGGCAAUAUCAUCCAUAACGAUCACGACGUCUUGAUCGUCGGACCUUUCCAGAAUUCCAACAUCUCAUCUAACGCUGCCCUUGCAGCCGCUAAAGAAUUUUCUGAAAUCUAUAAGAAAUCCGGUAACGUCAUCUGUGAACUGAAUGAGGACGUCGGGUUUGUCAGAUGGAGAAAACUCGUGUAUAACGCCUGCUUCAACCCCGUCGCUGCAAUCACCCGCAUGGACACUUCGCGCAUGAGACUUGCAAGGACGCCAAUCGACGAUCUGAUCAGGCCAGCCAUGUGGGAAGUCUGGAAUGCAGCAAAGGCGGCCGGCCAUGAGCUCCCUGCAGAGCAUGUUGAGAAGACGAUCGAAGCUGAUCCAUUCGACGUAUGGUGCAAGCCGAGUAUGCUGCAGGAUGUCUUGAAGGGCAACUUUAUCGAGCACAUAAACCUGGUCUGGGAACCUAUCCAGGAAGCAGAGAAAUUAGGUGUCCCGACACCUACGUUGAAGAUCAUCUUUGCAUUUUGUCAAACACUUCAAUGGCAGGCUAAAGAAGCAAAGGGUUUGGUGACUCUACCAGCGGGCGCUCUUCCCGCCUUGGGUUUAGAAAGUACAAGUUCAGGCUAG